AUGCUCCCAGGGCUCCUCGAGCGAGGGCAAGAGCUUGCACCUUGGCCCAGGGAAGGGAGCCUCCUGUGGUCACCGCAGGGAGGAGGUCGCAGCAUCCCUCCCACCUGUGGGAGGAGCCUGAGUAGAAGACCUGCCGUCCCCCUCCGCGGCGAACCGCAUCUCAACACCUCAGAGAGAAACCGCAGCUCUCCAUCUCCGAUGCACCCACCUCCAGGGGAAAAGCUUGUAGCUCCUCCAUCGCGGAGGUCCCAUCUCCAGAGCUCCAGGAGAGAAGCCGCAGCUCGCAUCACCUCUAGGACGAGCUCGGUCCCUGGGAGGAGCCCUGGAGUCCCGGAAGCAGCUUCCCGCUACCCCCCGCAGGAGCUCUUCGGCUCCCGCCACCCCGUCCCGUGCUCACGCAGGCUGAACCUGUCGCGCCCACACACCACACGCGCCCUCCCCCCAGGUCUGGAACUGGAAGGCGCGGCGGAUUGCGGUCCUGUGCGGCCGCGGGGACCGGAUCCUGGAGUGUACGGUUCUGUACAUGGGAAAAAAUUAUUCCUUCAGUUUGAUCCCGAUGAGGAGAUGGAGCUACUUGGCAGCGGCCCACAGCCUGGACAAGGAGUGCAGCAGAAGGAGGCCAUGGACCCAGAGCUGGCCCUGGGGCCCAAUGCUCAGGAAACGUCUGCAGGCCCCUCUGGAUCUGAGGAGCCUGUUCCUAGUGGAUCUGAUGGUCCCUAUGGUCUUAGGGGACACAGCCUUUUAGCAGUUGCCCAGAGGUGGCUAGAGGUCAGGUUUGGUUUAUUUGGCAGUAUCUGGGUGAAUGACUUCUCCAGAGCAAAGAAAGCUAACAAGAGAGGUGACUGGAAAGACCCUGUGCCAGGUAAUGUGCUUGUACUCCAUUUUGAUGGUGGUGGCUUCCUGGCAUUUUAUAAUUGCCAGAUGUCAUGGAGUCCUCCCCCAGUGGUUGAGCCCGCCUGCGACAUCUUGUCUGAAAAGUUCCAUCGAGGACAAGCAUUGGAAGCUCUAAGGCAGGCUCAGCCUGUGUGCUAUACGCUAUUGGACCAGAGAUACUUUUCAGGAUUAGGGAACAUUAUAAAGAAUGAAGCCUUGUACAGAGCAGGGAUCCAUCCCCUCUCUCUCGGCUCGCUCCUGAGUUCUUCCUCUCUGGAGGCCCUCGUGGAUCAUGUGGUGGAGUUCAGUUCAGACUGGCUUCGGGACAAAUUCCAAGGCAAGAAACAGCACACACAGAUCUACCAGAAGCAGCAGUGCCCUUCCGGUCACCAGGUCAUGAAGGAGACCUUUGGGCCCCCCGGAGGAUUCCAGAGGCUCACCUGGUGGUGCCCUCAGUGCCAGCCACAGCUGUCAUCUGAGGGGCCAUAGAAGCUGCUGUCCUCCUAAAACACUUGGUCUUCUUCACGGAACUUGUAGCCUUGAAGAUUCAGAUACCAUGUCUCCCGAGAGAAGGGUGUAGGCAGGAAUUGUAUGACAGAUCGGGAAAUGGUCCAGAGGGUCACUAUUGUUGUUGUUUCAUUGGAUUAUGCCUCAGCCGUGGCUUUCAUAGGGAUAGGUGUUUUCCUUUUCUGGUUAAUUCUAUGUAAUCCCACCACACUGUCAAAAUCCUGACAGGGUUGGAGAAGCUGCCUGGAAUAGCAUUGAGUCUGACAAAUGGGGGUACAGCUGGGGGGGUGGGGGCAGCUGUUGGGGACAGCUGAGGGAUACUAUACUCCCAGACUACUUUGCUAAUGGUGGGUUGUACUGUGUUUUGGGAACUGGUUGAUUUUGAGUCCCUCCAUUUUUCUUUCUUCUUCCCCUUGGAGGGGUCAGGGAUGAGGGCAAAGCCACAGGCAGGUACUGCUGGUCAGUCUGCCUGGUGCCUUCCCGGUGCCUGGAGACUCCAGGGUAGGCAGGGAGGUGUGCCCCCAAGGACUGUGAGAAAAAAUGCUGGUUUAUUAUGGGCAUUUGUGACGGUGGAUGUUUGAACAUCCCGGUGUCCAGGGAUGUAGAGAAACAACCCAUCAGGUUGUUAGCAACAGCUUCAUGGAACUGGGGUAGCAACUGAAAAUAAAAGUGUGAUGUUUUCUAUGUUG